CGGCAUAGUUUCAUUUGAGCGUCAAUCAAGAAAAUACGUCUUUAGUCUGAGUGAUUAGUAUAGUGCGUGAUUUAUAGAAGAAAGUAAAUUCAUAUUCGGAAAAAAGCGGUGUGAUUCAAAGUGAAAGUUACUCUGGAGGAUUUUAAAUAAUAAGGAUUUUCGUUGAAAUAGUGAACCCGUGACAAAAUAAAUUACAGAAAAAGUAAUCGUCAAAAUGAAGUUGCUAGUACCGUUGGCCCUGGUGGCUGCGCUGGCUGUACUGACCUGUACCGCCGAGGAAAAGAAGGAGCAAGACUAUGGAACCGUUGUCGGUAUCGAUUUGGGAACGACCUACUCGUGCGUGGGAGUGUACAAGAACGGCCGCGUUGAAAUCAUCGCCAACGAUCAGGGUAAUCGUAUCACGCCUUCGUACGUGGCUUUCACCGCCGAUGGUGAGCGCCUGAUCGGAGACGCCGCCAAGAAUCAGCUGACAACCAACCCAGAGAACACCGUCUUCGACGCCAAGCGUCUAAUCGGUCGCGAAUUCACCGACUCCACCGUCCAGCACGAUGCCAAGUUGCUUCCAUUCAAGGUUAUCGAGAAGAACUCCAAGCCGCACAUUAAGGUUGCGACCAGCCAAGGCGACAAAGUUUUCGCUCCAGAAGAAAUCUCCGCUAUGGUGUUAGGCAAGAUGAAGGAAACCGCUGAGGCUUACCUCGGAAAGAAGGUUACCCACGCUGUCGUCACUGUCCCGGCUUACUUCAACGAUGCCCAGCGUCAGGCCACCAAGGAUGCCGGAGUAAUUGCCGGUUUGAAUGUGAUGCGUAUCAUCAACGAGCCAACUGCCGCCGCUAUUGCCUACGGUUUGGACAAGAAGGACGGUGAGAAGAAUGUUUUGGUGUUCGAUUUGGGCGGUGGUACCUUCGAUGUGUCUCUUUUGACCAUUGAUAAUGGAGUGUUUGAGGUCGUUGCUACCAACGGUGAUACUCACUUGGGAGGUGAAGAUUUCGAUCAGCGUGUCAUGGAUCACUUCAUCAAGCUGUACAAGAAGAAGAAGGGCAAGGAUAUCCGCAAGGACAACCGUGCCGUCCAGAAACUGCGUCGUGAAGUCGAAAAGGCCAAGCGCGCUCUGUCAUCCAGCCACCAGGUACGCAUUGAAAUUGAAUCGUUCUAUGAGGGUGAUGACUUCAGCGAGACCCUGACCCGUGCCAAGUUCGAGGAGUUGAACAUGGAUUUGUUCCGAUCGACCAUGAAGCCAGUCCAAAAGGUCUUGGAAGAUGCUGAUAUGAACAAAAAGGAUGUGGAUGAAAUUGUCUUGGUCGGAGGAUCAACUCGUAUUCCCAAGGUUCAACAACUGGUCAAGGAAUUCUUCAAUGGAAAGGAACCAUCCCGUGGAAUCAACCCCGAUGAAGCCGUCGCAUAUGGUGCCGCUGUCCAGGCUGGCGUUCUCUCCGGCGAACAAGAUACUGAAGCCAUCGUUUUGCUUGACGUCAACCCGCUAACAAUGGGUAUCGAAACCGUCGGAGGAGUCAUGACCAAAUUGAUCCCACGCAACACUGUCAUCCCGACCAAGAAGUCUCAAAUCUUCUCCACCGCUUCCGAUAACCAACAUACUGUCACCAUCCAAGUCUACGAAGGUGAACGUCCAAUGACCAAGGACAAUCAUUUACUCGGAAAGUUCGAUCUCACCGGAAUCCCACCAGCACCACGAGGCAUCCCACAAAUUGAAGUGUCGUUCGAAAUCGAUGCCAACGGUAUCCUGCAAGUGUCUGCCGAGGACAAGGGAACCGGAAACCGUGAAAAAAUUGUCAUCACCAACGACCAGAACCGUCUGACCCCUGAAGACAUCGAACGGAUGAUCAAGGACGCCGAAAGAUUCGCCGACGACGACAAGAAGCUGAAGGAACGCGUCGAUGCACGAAUGGAAUUGGAAAGCUAUGCUUACAGUCUCAAGAACCAGCUCGGUGACAAGGAAAAACUGGGUGCCAAGGUGACCGAUGACGAUAAGUCCAAAAUGGAGGAAGCCAUCGACGAGAAGAUCAAAUGGCUGGACGAAAACCAGGAUGCCGACUCUGAAGACUAUAAGAAGCAGAAGAAGGAACUUGAAGACGUUGUGCAACCCAUCAUAGCCAAGCUGUAUGCCAGCACUGGCGGCUCUCCUCCACCUACUGGCGAUGACGAGGAUCUCAAGGAUGAACUGUAAACUCUUGUUUGUUAGUGUAGCGUAAUUUCCAUGUUUUUUUUCCGUUUCCUGGUCGGUCUAGUUAGGGCCCUUCCAUCACUCGAUCUAAACUGGUCAGAGCCAGUUGACGGACUGAGUUGAUUGCUAGCCGUUUAGAUCAAAUAGAACAGGAAAAAAGUUCCACAGUAGAGCGUGUUUGCGAGCGAGAGAAUACGAGAUCGAGUGUUAACGUACUAUGUGCGGAUUAGGCGUUCUCAUCUCAUUUUUCAGAUGAGUACAAAAGAAAAUAAAUAGAAUCCACAAAGCUUAAUUUAGUGAGAGACUUUCGUGAAUACACUUACGAGGCGGAAAGGGCAUCCGAUACGUCAUUAUUUAUUGUUUAGUUUGUUUUCAUUAACCGCGUUUGUUUUGCCUUUUGAUAGGGUAGCACGAGAAAGAAAAGAUACCUAAGUUGUUCCACCUCGUUUGUCAUCUUUGCGAUGCGAGGUAUCCCUCCCGUGUGGUAAAGUUAAUGUUGCUUCCUUGCAACCGGGAGCGGAUGUAGAUGGCGAUUAGGAAAUGCGAUAAUCCUAUCCUCCCUUUAUCCCCAGUCCUUUAAUUAAUUCAUGUGUGUUGGAUUCUUUUCCUUUCUCAACCAUCGACUGAUUGUAUGUAAGUGAGAGAGUAAUAUGUUUCAAGACAACCAAUAUGAAGUAACAAGCAACAAAUUCUACUAGAAAACUAAACAUUCAAAGUGAGGAUGAUGCAAGCUAUGAAAAUUAAAGGAAGCAGAUUAAUAGAAUGCUGUAAGAGAGAGAAUUCAAAUAAAAAUUUUAUAACUAAAUUGAA